AUGGACGAGCAUGUCAAGGUGGUGAGCUGCACUGAUGAUAUCGCCAUGAUGUACUUCACGACAGGGUUGAAUGACAGGAACUUGACAAUUGAGUUCAGAAGCCGCCCGCCGGCCUCCUUAAACGAAAUGUUUGCUCGAGCUCGCCAGUAUAUCGAUGGCCUGGAGCUAUGGAAGGCCAACGGAGCCAGGCGAAGCAGCCGUGGUAGAGAUCGGGACCACAAGUCUCCACCCUCCAAGAAACGGUGCGAUGAUGAUCGAAGUUCAUCUCGGCGAGCCGAUGACGACAAGAGUAGAAGCCGACGUGAUGAAAGGGUCACUUCAAAUCGUCGUGGGCCAAAGUUCGACAAGUUUACUCCGUUGAAUGCCUCGAUUGCUGAGAUCUAUGCAGUAGUCGAAGACACCGACAUGGAGGUGCUAUUUGCAUCCCCUGAAAAGCUCCGCCGACCUUCGGGAAAGCGGAACAAGCGACUCUAUUGCCGAUUCCAUAAGGAUCACGGCCACGACACUUCCCGUUGCUUCCAUCUGAAGGAGCAGGUUGAGGAUUUGAUCCGGAUAGGUUAUUUGAAGAAAUAUGUCGGCAGCAGAGAACAAGCUGAGCUAGAGGGAUCAGCUCGGGAAGAGAAGCGAGAAAGAUCUCAGCCGCCCAGACCAAAGGAAGAUCGUCCUGCUGUUAUAAACACCAUUCACGGGGGUCCGAGCGGGGAAAAGUCAGGGCAGAAGAGAAAAGCUCUAGCCCGGGAAGUAGCGCAUGAGGUCUGUACCUCGUACCCCAAGUGGCCCGUGAUGCCGAUCUUAUUUGACGAGCAAGAUGGUGAAAGGGUGCAUAUGCCCCAUAAUGAUGCUUUGGUGAUAGCCCCCUUAAUAGACCAUGUGAAGGUCAGAAGAGUUUUUGUUGAUGGCGGGGCGUCGGCUAAUAUAUUUUCCUUCUCGACCUACACGGCUCUGGGAUGGGAGAGAAGGCACUUGAAGCACAAGACAACAUCAUUGGUUGGCUUUGCAAGGGAGUCAGUUAGCACGGAAGGGUGUAUCUCGCUCCCUGUUACCAUCAGCGAAGGGGAGCAUCAAGUGACCAGAGUUGCCGAGUUUGUUGUGAUAGAUCGAAGCUCGGCAUACAAAGUAUCCGACCCCGACCGGGAUUGCAACAGUCAGAGUUGCACCACCACAUACCGACGAGGUAGAGCUCAACCGCGGCACGCCAGCAGAAGAGCUGAACUUGUCCCCUUGCUAGGGCCGGAUAGGCAAGUCAGCAUCGGCAGCAGGUUGGAGGCCAAAGCAAAGGAAGAGCUCGUCAGGUUUUUGAAGUCGAACUCCGACGUAUUUGCAUGGUCCCAUGACGACAUGCCCAAUAUCGACCCGAACAUAAUGGUGCAUAGGCUUAAUGUARAUCCUAUGAUAUAG